AUGGGGAAGGCGGCGAUUGUGGCCACCAUGCAAAGCUGCCUGGAUGUGGAAAUCGUGGUUGACGAUGAUGAGCAAGUGAGGAUCAGCCACAACAACCAGAAGAAGAAGCUCAAUAAUCCUCCCACAACUGGUGGAGGCAGUAGCCUAGAAGCUUGUCUCCCCAUUACGGAGUCCAGAAAUGGCAACGCCUUCUACUCAGCAUUCCACACUCUCAACUCCGGAAUCGGAUUUCAAGCCCUUUCCCUUCCCCUUGCUUUCGCCGUCCUUGGCUGGACUUGGGGAAUUGUAAGUUUAUCGUUGGCAUUCGGAUGGCAGAUAUACACCAUAUGGUUGCUCACCCAACUACAUGAAUCAGUUGAUGGGGUACAGUACAUACGGUACAGCAGAUACAUCCAUCUAGCCAAAGCAGCAUUCGGUGAAAAGCGGGGAAAGUUGAUGGCCUUAUUUCCAAUCAUGUACCUAUCGGGUGGGACAUGUGUAGCACUUAUAACCCUUGGUGGUGGAACCAUGAAGCAUUUCUUCCAGAUUGUUUGUGGGGACACAUGCCUAUCCAAGACCCUUACGACAGUCGAGUGGUUUUUGGUAUUUACAUUCUGUGCCAUUGUUCUUGCUCAGCUUCCCAACUUGAACUCUAUUGCCGGUGUGUCUCUCCUUGGUGCCAUCACAGCCAUCACCUAUUGUACCAUGAUAUGGGUGAUUUCCGUCACUCACGGUAGAGUCACCGGUGCUUCUUAUGAACCAUUACAGCCUUAUAAAUCUGAGACCGCCAAGGCUUUCAGUGUCCUCAAUGCUAUUGGUAUCAUUGCUUUCGCUUUCAGAGGUCACAAUCUCGUGCUUGAAAUCCAGGGUACAAUGCCUUCAACUCCAAAACAACAAGCUCAUGUGCCAAUGUGGAAAGGAGUGAAAUUUGCGUAUCUUCUCAUUCCAUUUUGCUUAUAUCCUCUUGCAAUAGUAGGCUAUUGGGCUUAUGGGAACUUGAUACCUCAUAACUAUGGGAUGUUGAAUGCCUUGUACAAAUUUCAUGGAAACAAAAGCUCAAAGGUAGUGUUGGGAUUGACAUGCAUUCUUGUUGUGAUUAACUGCCUAAGCUCCUUCCAAAUAUAUGCAAUGCCGGUCUUCGACAAUUUGGAAUUCGCAUACUUUAGCUUGAAGAAGAAACCAUGUUCAAGUUGGGUACGCAGAGGAUUCAGGGCAUUUUUUGGAUGUUUGGCUCUCUUUAUAGCUGUUGCUCUUCCAGUCUUGACAAGCUUGGCAGGUCUACUUGGUGGGAUUGCAUUACCUAUCACACUAGCUUACCCAUGUUUUAUGUGGAUUAUAAUUAAGAAACCUAAACGAUAUACUGCAAUGUGGAUCAUUAAUUGGGGACUUGGGAUUCUAGGUAUGGCUCUCAGUUUUCUAGUGAUUGCUGGGGCAGUAUGGAAUAUUGUGGACAAAGGUCUUAAACCUAACUUCUUCAGGCCUUCAUGAGAAGAAACUUUUGUUACU